ACGCGCAUGCGCAUUAGCUGUGGCGUCAGAUUCGUGGCGGAGUGGAGGAAAAAAAAGCAGUAAAACUCGGAGGAGACUUCUUCUUCCGUUGUCCCCGAUAGCCUUCGUCCUCUCCUGCGGCCCCGGUAGACUCCUUGUCCCGUCCCCGGUAGAGCGCGAUGGCCGGCACCGCGCUGAAGAGGCUCAUGGCGGAGUAUAAACGUGAGUGGUCCCGCUGCACCAGACUCCAUUCAGGAAGCUCACGCACUUCAACGCAGAGCGAAGCUUUUGAUUAAAAAGAGCUCACCCUGAACCCACCUGAGGGGAUCGUAGCAGGUCCAGCCAAUGAGGAGAACUUCUUUGAGUGGGAGGCGCUCAUCAUGGGUCCUCAGGAUACCUGUUUCGAAGGAGGCGUGUUUCCAGCCGUGCUCAGUUUCCCGUCUGAUUAUCCUCUCAGUCCUCCGAAGAUGAGGUUCACCUGCGACAUGUUCCACCCCAACAUCUAUCCGGACGGCCGGGUGUGCAUCUCCAUCCUCCACGCUCCAGGUGACGACCCCAUGGGCUACGAGAGCAGCGCCGAGCGGUGGAGCCCAGUCCAGAGUGUGGAGAAGAUCCUGCUGUCUGUAGUCAGCAUGCUAGCAGAGCCAAAUGAUGAGAGUGGAGCGAACGUGGACGCCUCUAAGAUGUGGCGUGAGGACCGGGAGCAGUUCUACAAACUGGCCCAGAACGUGGUCCGUAAGUCUCUGGGUCUUUAGAGCCGCCGCUCGGUGUCGGUGCUUCAGGAACACUCGAUGAACGCCACCACGAAAGCAAUCGAACACGCGGAGACGGAUCAAUACGCCGAUGGACGGACUUCACUGGCGUUUGGAUCAAUGCAGAACCCAAACGUUACAUAACUUCAAAUUUAAUAAAAGUCGACGGAAGAAGAAGAAAACCAUUCUCACGGUGACAUCAUCAGACCUGUGGGGGCCGGCGGCAGCUUCUUUAUUAUUAUUGUGUCACAACAAACACUGAUGACAAACAUUUGGGUAAUUUAACACCAAUCGAUAGAAAUAGAAUAUUAGAAAUACCAAUAGAGAAUAACAAGCUGUAAAGAUGGUUUUGAAAGUCUUGUAGGGAAGGAAGUCAGCUAGGUGAAGGAGGACCCUUUCACAAUAAAGGUUUAUAACAGAGUUCAGAGAAGAUGCGUUCAGUGUUUUUACUGAUUUAACAUGUUUUCAUUUCAGAAUAAACUACAGAACCAUGAAGGAACCAAUCAGGGCUUUGAAGGAACCUUUCAUGUGAAAAGAACCUACACCAGCAUGUCAUCAGCACUGGGAGUAGAUGGACUCUCAGUACUGGGAGUAGAUGGACUCUCAGUACUGGGAGUAGAUGGACUCUCAGUACUGGGAGUAGAUGGACUCUCAGCACUGGGAGUAGAUGGACUCUCAGUACUGGGAGUAGAUGGACUCUCAGUACUGGGAGUAGAUGGACUCUCAGUACUGGGAGUAGAUGGACUCUCAGCACUGGGAGUAGAUGGACUCUCAGCACUGGGAGUAGAUGGACUCUCAGCACUGGGAGUAGAUGGACUCUCAGUACUGGGAGUAGAUGGAUAAUAAUACUAACGAUGUAGAGAAUCGAUGGUUUCCUGCUGCUGUCGGUGUGAUGGGCCUCAGCUGGUUUUAUUCUGUGGUGAUGAAGGUGAUAAUGAUGGUGGUGGUGAUCAGGAGCUCCUUCAGCUUCUCUCAGUUGGACUUAAUGCACUUUAUCUGAAGGACGAUUGUCUGGUUCAGAGGAGCUCCGGCUGCUUUAAGCUUGUUUUUAAGAGGUGCUGGAUGUGUCCGUCUGCUUUUAAAGGUACAAACCGCAGUUUCUUUUAAUUUGUCUUUUACUUUGAAAGAAUAAACAGUACACAGUCUCUGA